UCUUAACUUGAAACGUAAUGAAAUUACUGUACACACUCAGUCCAAAGAAGGAUAAAAUCAUAAACAGAGAAGUAAAAUAUUUAUUGUUCCUCGUUUUAAUCAACCAAUGAGUGUUCCAGUACUUGAACUGUGGAAUUAUGUUUUAAAAAUAACCAGUGUUCAGAUUGCUUUGUGAAAUUUUCCUUUUUGUCAUAAAAUUUAUAGAAAAGAAGAUGAAACAACAGUGUUAACUAUGCAGCUGUUUGGAUUUUUAAUAGUAGCAAUUGUGAUUGUGAAUUUUGGGAGAUGUGACACCACUUGUGAGGUUGAUCGUGUUGGACCAAACUGUCAAUUCAAAAAUAUUGCAUACAAGAAACCGUCACGUCACGACAGUAAUAUCGAUCGACCACUUUAUUCAGAGAAUGCUAAUGAUGACAGCUUAACAACAUGCAGCUAUACGUCUGAUAAAAAAAAAGCUGCACCUUGGUGGAACCUUUGGUUAUCGGAGAUAACAACAUUCAAGAAACUUGAGUUUGUCACUAUAGACAGCCGUCUGAGUCACUUUCCUAACUUUGAGGUAACAGUGUACAAUACAACUGAAUCGAAUUUCAAAUUAAAAGGACCAGUAUCAGGAGGACAAGUUUGUUAUAAUCAUAAUAACUAUAUACCACAAAGUACAAAUAUUAACGUCACAUGUAAUGGAUCCCCUGUUGGUAACCUAAUAAGACUUCAACUUCAUAGCAAAAGAUUUCAACUUGUACUUUGUGAUUUUCGGUUAUACGGAGAUUGUUUUAAUGGUUUUUAUGGAAGUGACUGUCAAAAAUGCAGCGAUAACUGUGAAUCUUCGAAACAUCAGUACUGCGAUUCAAAUAAUGGACAUUGCCCACAAGGUUGUAAACCUGGUUGGGAAGGUGAUCGCUGUGAAACAA